AUGGCAUGGCCAUUUCAAAAACCAGUUGAUAUCAAAGAUGUACCUAAUUAUUAUACAAUUAUAAAAGAUCCUAUGGAUUUAACAACAUUAAAAACUAAAGUAAUGAAUAGUAAAUUUAAUACAAUAUGUGAUUAUAUACGUGAUGUUAAUAAAAUCUUUAACAAUUGUCGACAAUUUAAUUCAAUUAAUUCAACAUUUUCUCAAUGUGCUAAUGUUGUUGAUACUUAUUUUCGUCAAUUAUUAGAAAAUUUGAUGAUUAAAGACGAUAAUUAA